ACCCUGUUAUGAUUUAUCGAUCAAGCAGACAUAGGAGGAAAGCUCAGUUGUUGAAAAACGGUAUAAGGCAACAGGACAUACUAAAUUUUUCAUCAUCCGGUUGUACAAAUGGCCUGGUAUCGCGGGUCUCGUUCUCGUCAUGGAGAUUUCCUCUACUUAUUUUGGGGGUCAUGAUUGCACGUGUCACUUUAUCAACCCAGUUUCUUGCUACCAAGCCGAUUCAAACUCUCAACCUGAUCCAAGGUACCAAUGCUUCAAUCAAGUUUGAUCAUCUCGAGUACCUUCCAGGAGCGGCUCCUCAUUACACAUUGAGGUAUCGAUCUGAGGAGCCAUCAUUUUGUUGUAGGUUCAGUGUUCACAUUUCCCUCACCAAUGAAGGCCUCACGGAAGGUCAAAAAAGCAGGUUCUCUGUAGAAGGUAUUCCCAUAAAUAAUACUUUCUCUGUUAUCCUGAACAUUAAUAAUGUGUCUGUUGAAGAUGGUGGAAGUAUUGAAUUGGUUUACAUUUUGCUGCAAUACAAAACACAUGUCUCCGUGAAAACCCGCGUGAAAAGAACGGCAGAAAUCAAUGUGAUUAAUCCACCUGCAGUAGCCGAAUGUCAUUUCGUCAGAAUAAUAGCAUACGCGCAUCAUAUUGUGCGAUGCCAAUCUCCUGCAGAAAAUGGUAGGGUAACUAUCAGUUGUUACCAAGCAUUGUCCAAAAUUCCAUUAAUAGCCGUCUACACGGACAACGAAGAUAUGAUAAGGGUAAUAUUCUUGGCUCAAUUUGAUGAUCAACUUCAAUGUUGUUCUCAUCAUAUAUCAGACAACGUUACACAGGAGACAUGCGACCAAUCAAUCUUGCGCCAUACCAAACACAUCACCACACCCCGCACCACACCUGUCUCACACAACUCCAUCCUCCCAAUUACCAAGAGCCCAUUGCACAUUGAGCAUGAUCUGACUACUGAAGCCUUUCGGCCUACCAGCUCAGCAGAUCAAAAUGAAUUGUCAGGUUGGAUGCCACUGUACCUACAAGUAAUUAUUGUAGUGUGCAUCAGCCUUUUCAAUAUCCUGAAAUAAAUUUUGAAAGAUAGAGACAAUAGGAAAAAGGAUCGGGGUUCUUGUGCAUAGAAAUUCUUGUCUACUAAGUUUGAAAAGUUUUUUUGCAAUUAAAUGCAAACACUGUUCUUCAGUUUUCGACCAUGUUUUCAUUUACACUUAUAUUUUUGAAUUCCAUGUGUGUCUAUUUCUUUUUCCAUUGUUUUGUGCUAUAUUUUGUAUAUAUUUUAGAACAGGUUAUGUAAAUUUUAUUACCUUUGGGAAUAACCCUGAUAGGCCUUUGGCCACCACAUUAUGAUUCCAAACUGAAUAUGUUUCAUUUUAAUGUUUUUUUUUAUUGUAUAUAUCUAUUUGCAUAUGAAUUUGUACUUGUGUUUUUAAUCAGAGGUGGAAAUAAAAUUGAAUUGAAUUGAAAUUGAAUUUUUCUAAAAUAAAAUCUUACUAUGAGUUGGAAAAAUUAUAUCUGAAAGAAAAGAAAUUGAUAAAAAGGUGUUCAUCUUUUACUUUAUUACAUUUAGUCUCUCAGAUAUCAUUCUCCGUAAAAUAUAAUAUUUGUCAUUAAUGGAUUAUUUUUCCUUUGCGCUUUGAUUUGUCUUUUUUUAUACAAAUUAAUGUUAUGACAAUUUCAUGUAAUAUUGCACAUAUUUAAACUUUGUAUACUGUGUUAACUAUUCAGUAAUGUACUGUUGAAAAGUAUGUAUUAUAUUGAUUUUCAAUGAAGGACCUUUGUGGAAGGGAAAAAAAGAGAAAAAAUGUACUACUAAACACAUCUUUCUCAAAUUUCAAAUUCUAUACACAUAAUCACAAAUAUACGUACAACUAGCAAAAUAUCGCCCCCAGUAAAGAGUUUUCAAAAUAUAUAGCCCUAUGUUAGGCAUUGGUAUAUGUAUAUUAUAUAGGCCUUCAUAGAGGGUAAAUUAAAGGAAGUAAAUUGAAAGAGGCACAUGUCUUUGUGUCUCUGUAUGCACAAAUAUUUGCAUACAGUUAGUUGAUUCUGGAUUUGAUAAGUUUGUUAACAAAGUAAAGAAAUAUCGAUUUUGUCCGAAAAGUGGCAUAUUUUUUUAGACAAAGCUGUCAUUUUCCAAUCUUUAAGAAAUAAAAUCACUGUAUGAGGAAGAGAAUAUAGUAAAGUUGAUAAGCACAGUGUGUUUCACCACAGUCGUCCAUUUAAAGAGAUGCUGUGCUAGGUACAUUUAUGAAUCAUUUAAAGUAGAUACAGAACCCAAUAAGAAAUUGAUGUAUAGUGCUACAGUUAAGGUGAAGCCACAAAAACCUUUAAAAAACAAAAACCGUUCCCCAUAAGAAGUGCAAGUGGAAAAUAUGUUGUAAAUGAGUGAAGCAUUGCCAUGAUUUAUUAUAUAUGGGGCUAAUGUUGUUUGAAAUUGAAUAUUAAAAAUCUUGCAUCAGUUAAGUGCUUAAGCUUUUUGAAGAAAAACAAAAUGUUAAAAUUUCAUGUGUUACAUGUAUUACAAUUACCCAGUGUUGUAUGGGCAAUUGUGACACUUGACCUGUUGUUUUCAAAUGAUAAUAGCUUCUAAAUUGAUUGUUUAACUUAAUCCAACCCUAUUCGUAUGUCAAGCCAAGAUAUUUCGUUUUAUUUAGGUUAGAGCAAGUAUUUAGCUUAUUCAAAGGUGAUGAUUCAAAUUCAGAGUUGUGUUAGAUUUGUGUUAUAGCGCCACCUUGUGUUGAAGUGCUUUUAUAAUGUUUUCGCGACGAUUGUAGUUCGCCCAAACCCCCGAAGCUACCGCCAUUUUGUUUAAUCCAUUAGAAGCUAAAAUAAGCCCUCAUUAAUAUUAAUUUCGUACGAUGCUCCCUCGUCAACUGUGGUUUUGUACGUGUAUUAGACAAUACGCACAUCAGCGCAAUGACAAAGGUCAACUUGGCAAAUUCAUUAAUGUAUUCAUUUUGUUACGCGCUCGAGACGCGAAGGAUUCAGCGAAUCAGGCAAGCGCAAAUCUGAGACGAUACGUUGCGCUCUAUAAAGUAUCGAUAUCACAAGCGAUAUCACUUAAAAACAAAGCAUUGUUUGUAUUGCGUCUUAUAGGCAUUUGCUAAUUCCAAACGGGAAGAUGAAAAGAGUAGAUCAAGUCGUGAUUAGGUAAAGAGGUCUCUAGUGCUUUUGCCAUAUCCCUAAAUCGUAGUUACCAUACUUGUCACGCUUGUAACUCAUGAUGAAACGGGCCCCAAUCUAUCAUGUUUAAUACGUUUCCUGUCCCCUUUAUUCUCCAGCAUUUCUUACUCUGUUUUUUUUCCAUUUAAUCAUUUUCCCACUCAAAAUUCUUUUGUGCCGCCUUUCUCCUACAUAAGUAGAGCUCAUUUUCAAAAGGGGUUAGGUCCAUUUUUCAUCAAACUUGAUUUUUAUGUCUUAAUGUAUAGAUUUUCAGUAGCUAUAUGAGAUGAUACCAUAGAAAAGUUGAAAUUCCUAUUAAAAAGUAAACUAAUAUGGCAAAGAAAAAUCACCUUUUUUUCAAAAGGGGUUAGGUCCAUUUCAGUUUAGUUGCAAAAGGGGUUAGGUCCACACAGACUUUUUUUGGAAAAUAAUAUCUUAAAAAAUAUAAAGACACCCCGCACCACACCUGUCUCACACAACUCCAUCCUCCCAAUUACCAAGAGCCCAUUGCACAUUGAGCAUGAUCUGACUACUGAAGCAUUUCGGCCUACCAGCUCAGCAGAUCAAAAUUAAUUGUCAGGUUGGAUGCCACUGUAUACCUACAAGUAAUUAUUGUAGUGUGCAUCAGCCUUUUCAAUAUCCUGAAAUAAAUUUUGAAAGAUAGAGACAAUAGGAAAAAGGAUCGGGGUUCUUGUGCAUAGAAAUUCUUGUCUACUAAGUUUGAAAAGUUUUUUUGCAAUUAAAUGCAAACACUGUUCUUCAGUUUUCGACCAUGUUUUCAUUUACACUUAUAUUUUUGAAUUCCAUGUGUGUCUAUUUCUUUUUCCAUUGUUUUGUGCUAUAUUUUGUAUAUAUUUUAGAACAGGUUAUGUAAAUUUUAUUACCUUUGGGAAUAACCCUGAUAGGCCUUUGGCCACCACAUUAUGAUUCCAAACUGAAUAUGUUUCAUUUUAAUGUUUUUUUUUAUUGUAUAUAUCUAUUUGCAUAUGAAUUUGUACUUGUGUUUUUAAUCAGAGGUGGAAAUAAAAUUGAAUUGAAUUGAAAUUGAAUUUUUCUAAAAUAAAAUCUUACUAUGAGUUGGAAAAAUUAUAUCUGAACGAAAAGAAAUUGAUAAAAAGGUGUUCAUCUUUUACUUUAUUACAUUUAGUCUCUCAGAUAUCAUUCUCCGUAAAAUAUAAUAUUUGUCAUUAAUGGAUUAUUUUUCCUUUGCGCUUUGAUUUGUCUUUUUUUAUACAAAUUAAUGUUAUGACAAUUUCAUGUAAUAUUGCACAUAUUUAAACUUUGUAUACUGUGUUAACUAUUCAGUAAUGUACUGUUGAAAAGUAUGUAUUAUAUUGAUUUUCAAUGAAGGACCUUUGUGGAAGGGUAAAAAAGAGAAAAAAUGUACUACUAAACACAUCUUUCUCAAAUUUCAAAUUCUAUACACAUAAUCACAAAUAUACGUACAACUAGCAAAAUAUCGCCCCCAGUAAAGAGUUUUCAAAAUAUAUAGCCCUAUGUUAGGCAUUGGUAUAUGUAUAUUAUAUAGGCCUUCAUAGAGGGUAAAUUAAAGGAAGUAAAUUGAAAGAGGCACAUGUCUUUGUGUCUCUGUAUGCACAAAUAUUUGCAUACAGUUAGUUGAUUCUGGAUUUGAUAAGUUUGUUAACAAAGUAAAGAAAUAUCGAUUUUGUCCGAAAAGUGGCAUAUUUUUUUAGACAAAGCUGUCAUUUUCCAAUCUUUAAGAAAUAAAAUCACUGUAUGAGGAAGAGAAUAUAGUAAAGUUGAUAAGCACAGUGUGUUUCACCACAGUCGUCCAUUUAAAGAGAUGCUGUGCUAGGUACAUUUAUGAAUCAUUUAAAGUAGAUACAGAACCCAAAAAGAAAUUGAUGUAUAGUGCUACAGUUAAGGUGAAGCCACAAAAACCUUAAAAAAACAAAAACCGUUCCCCAUAAGAAGUGCAAGUGGAAAAUAUGUUGUAAAUGAGUGAAGCAUUGCCAUGAUUUAUUAUAUAUGGGGCUAAUGUUGUUUGAAAUUGAAUAUUAAAAAUCUUGCAUCAGUUAAGUGCUUAAGCUUUUUGAAGAAAAACAAAAUGUUAAAAUUUCAUGUGUUACAUGUAUUACAAUUACCCAGUGUUGUAUGGGCAAUUGUGACACUUGACCUGUUGUUUUCAAAUGAUAAUAGCUUCUAAAUUGAUUGUUUAACUUAAUCCAACCCUAUUCGUAUGUCAAGCUAAGAUAUUUCGUUUUAUUUAGGUUAGAGCAAGUAUUUAGCUUAUUCAAAGGUGAUGAUUCAAAUUCAGAGUUGUGUUAGAUUUGUGUUAUAGCGCCACCUUGUGUUGAAGUGCUUUUAUAAUGUUUUCGCGACGAUUGUAGUUCGCCCUUUGAGUUCGCCCCUUAUCGGCGCCGCGUUGGAGACAUGAAUACUUAAUAAAGUAAGGCUCAAUUAUCACAACUAUUGU